CUGCCAUUUAUUGAUCAUUCGAUGGACUUCUAUUCGGAUUUUGUCGAGAAUAAUCUAAAAUCUUACCGAAAUCUUAUUUGUUUAUUUCCCCUGUUGUAAGAUGUAAACUUCAUCAUGAUUCGUCUUACCAGUGGAUUUGAUGAAAUUGAUUGAUUGAUUGUAGGGCUUACAUAAAAUUGAACCCUGUUUCGAACGCAGAAGGCUGUAAACUUGUCGGUGGUGUUCAAGCUUACUCGGCUAUACUUCUGGCUGAAUCGUUGAGAAAAUCUGGAGCUUACAAGACUAGCUUUUCAUGGAAGGAGCUGGAAGCGAUAUCCCCUCCGUUGUCGCACCUCUUGCUCAAUGGAGGAAUGAUUUUUCUAGGGCGUUUCAGUACUAUUUGGAUCGUUCGACUCCUCACACAGUUCAGAGGUGGCUGGGAACUCUUGUUGUGGCCGCUAUUUAUGUAUUAAGGGUUUACUACGUUCGGGGGUUCUACAUUGUGUCCUAUGGCCUAGGCAUCUAUAUACUGAAUCUGUUGAUUGGUUUUAUGUCGCCCAAAGUUGAUCCUGAGCUCGAAGUUUUGGACGGGGCUUCAUUGCCUACUAAGGACUCAGAUGAGUUUAAGCCAUUUGUUCGUCGCCUUCCUGAGUUCAAGUUCUGGUAUGCCAUAACGAAGGCUUUCUGCAUUGGCUUUCUUAUGACAUUCAUAUCUGUGCUUGAUGUCCCUGUUUUCUGGCCCAUACUUCUCUGCUAUUGGGUUGUCCUCUUCAUCCUCACAAUGAAGCGCCAAAUUAUGCACAUGAUUAAGUACAAGUAUGUCCCUUUCAGCAUCGGAAAGCAGAGGUACUCAGGGAAGAAGUGAGCCAUUCCAGGGACUGAAACUUUGAAGC